AUGGCUUGUUCAGAACAGCGGCCAAAGAAGGACAAGAAACAGCUUGCACUCGACGGUAUAUUGUUUCUACUCGAAGUCCUCAUACCGGACCUACCGAAAGACCUGAGGUCCCGUGUGGAAUGUACCGAUGAUGGCUUUUUGGAACUGCGUCAGUCUACCUUCAAUGACGUUAUUGGUAGAGACUCUUCCCCUGAAGGGCAGGGUUGCACUGCUGUUGUGUGUUUGGUCCUUCUUGGUGAUGAUGAGGAAUUCCCAAGGCUUGUAUGUGCUAAUGCUGGGGACUCUAGGUGUUUUGUUGUCCGAGAUGGGAAGGCAUAUGAUCUUUCGGAGGACCAUAAGCCUUCACAGCCUGUCGAGAAGGAACGCAUCACCCAGGCGGGUGGGAUAAUACAGCAGUGUGAAGGAGGCGAUAGAGUCCAAGGUGACCUCAACCUGUCCCGUUCACUUGGUGAUCAUCGAUAUAAGAAGGAUAAGAAGCUGUAUCCUGAGUGCCAGAUUAUUUCGGGCAUGCCGGACAUCAGAGUGCGUGCAUUGACGAGUAAAGAUACUCAUAUUGUACUGGGCUGUGAUGGUGUGUGGGAAGUUCAUACAAAUGAGGGAGCUGCUGAGAAGGUGGUGGCAUUCGAGCGAAAGUUGGAACAGGGCUCUACUUUGGAAGUACCGCACCCACGAGCAGCACAGUGA